AUGGACAAUGAAGAUCAUCCAGGGUUGAUUCUUGCUUCUCCACCUCUCACAGACACCAAUUUUCAGCAAUGGGCCCGUGAUUUCAAGCUUUUUGUUGGAGCUAAGAACAAAUUCAACUUCCUUAAUGAUUCUAUACCCCAACCUCCAUCUAACCAUCACUUAUUUGAUUCUUGGAACAGCUGCAACCAAAUGGUUAUGUCAUGGAUAAUACACUUUGUUUCACAAGAGAUCAAAAGCAGCAUUAUGUUUCUUGAUACAGUUGCUGCCAUGUGGUUCGAACUCAACACAAGAUUCAACCAAGGAAAUGGCCCUCGCAUCUUUGAGCUUCGGCAAACUCUCAUCACUUUUCAUCAAGGGAAUGAUUCCGUUAUUGCUUACUUCACCAAGCUCAAGGAGAUUUGGGAUAAAAUCAAUGAGAUCCAACCACGCACACCAUGUACUUGUGCUGCUGCCGCUGACAAUCUUGAUUUCCAAAAUCUUGAGCAUGUCUUGCAAUUCUUCACAGGCCUUAAUGAGUCAUACCAUGCUAUUCGAGCCCAGGUACUUUUCAUUGAUCCUUUUCCUUCAAUUUCUAAAGUUUUUUCUACCAUUGUGCAAGAAGAGCGUCAAAGAAAAUUGAAGCCCUCGACUACUACAACAUUGAUUGUUGCAUUCACACACACCAUCACUCAUUCUAAUCCACCUACACUUUCGCACUCAAGAACUAAGAAGAUGCAACCCACAUGCUCUCAUUGCCAAAAACUAGACCACUUCAAGGAAAAAUGUUAUUUCAUUCAUGGUUUUCCCCCUGGAUAUAGCAGUAGGAAUACCACUAUUGAGGACAUAGACAAUAGUAAUUCAACAACUACUUCCACUAUUGAGACAUCAUCACCCAUUCCUACUGUUGAGACACAUGAGCAGCCACCAAAAGCUUCCAAAAUUGGUCGUCAAAUAACUCGACCAUCAUAUAUUCGAGGCUAUGUUUGUGAGUAUUCUAUAGCUCAUCCUCUCACAAAUUUCAUACCAUAUGAUAAAUUUAAACCUCAUUUUGGGAAUGCUAUCUUAGCUGCCCAUACCCUCACCGAACCUACUAGCUAUACUCAAGCUUCAAAAACACAUGAAUGA